AUGGCUUGUCAAAAUACCGCUGUUAUCCGCUGUUAUCACUGCUGUUUUUACAAUGCGCCACCAAUGCAGCCUCUGCCACCUCCAAUGCACUGGGCCCUUGAUAGUGGUAACCGAAUGGCCUGGGGAGCAUUAGAAUGGUCCAGGAGGAGCCUCAACAGCCACAGCAACAG